GCCGGCAGGCCCCGCCCCUCCCUCCCGAGAGGGCGGGGACCAGGCGGCCGCAGCGUCCGGAAUAUGCUGGAAACGGGCGGGCGGCGGGCGGGGAGGUGCUGAAGGGACAGUUCCCGCCGCCCAACUUGGCCGGCGGAGGGCUGGCGCGCGGCUGGGGCGGCCCGGGGGCCGGCGGGGCAUGUGAGCCAUGGAGACCAUCUGGAUCUACCAGUUCCGCCUCAUCGUGAUCGGGGACUCCACGGUGGGCAAGUCGUGCCUCCUGCACCGCUUCACCCAGGGCCGCUUCCCGGGACUACGCUCGCCCGCCUGCGACCCCACAGUCGGCGUGGACUUCUUCUCGCGCCUGCUGGAGAUCGAGCCGGGCAAGAGGAUCAAGCUGCAGCUCUGGGACACGGCGGGACAGGAGAGGUUCAGAUCAAUAACUCGAUCUUACUACCGCAACUCAGUUGGUGGAUUUUUAGUAUUUGACAUUACUAACCGUCGAUCUUUUGAACACGUGAAAGAUUGGCUGGAAGAAGCAAAAAUGUAUGUGCAGCCAUUUCGGAUUGUGUUUCUGCUAGUGGGACAUAAAUGUGAUCUAGCUUCACAACGUCAGGUUACAAGGGAAGAAGCUGAAAAACUGUCAGCAGACUGUGGUAUGAAGUACAUAGAAACCUCAGCCAAAGAUGCUACGAAUGUUGAAGAAUCCUUCACCAUCCUGACAAGAGAUAUCUAUGAGCUUAUCAAAAAGGGCGACAUUUGUAUUCAGGAUGGCUGGGAAGGGGUUAAAAGUGGUUUUGUUCCGAAUACUGUGCAUUCUUCUGAGGAAGCAGUGAAACCCAGGAAGGAGUGUUUCUGCUGACUUCUGAAUGCCAAAGACCAACAGGAGCAGGGGGGAUUUCAUUCCAGAGUAAAUACCGACACGCAGCAGAGCCAGGCAAUGAACGCGUGACAAAAAGUUAUCAGCCUACACUAACACCAAGGUUUUGAUUCAGAGCCCUAUGUUUACUUGUCACACCAUCAGGAUACUGGAUGUUUUGGUAAAUUAUCAGGUCUAACAGACAAUUUCUUUUUCCCUCAACUUGGAGUACCUACAGAAUUACCUCCAUUCUCACUUUGUUAGUGUUUAACUGACCUUGGUGUUCAGAUAUGUCAACGUUUCUCAUUUUCCUUGACAAUUCAAAAUGGAUCAUUUUGUGUAUGUAUAAUCUGAUCGAGAAGACUUUAUCAAGAAUUACAUUAUCCUAGUAUUGAAUAAUAAAAAGCAUUUAAAAGUACACUGUUCACUUGCAAAGUAAACCAUUCAGAAGUAUCAGCUAGGACCCAAAUAACAAUUCUAUGUUUUAAGUACCAGAUUUUUUUACCAUUUUCCAUCCAAAAUAUUUAUCCUCUCUUAAUUUUGCUUGACCAUAAGAAAAACAAGUUUUGUACUCAUUUUUGUUUCCUAAUUCAUUGUACCUGCAGCUUUAUGCUUUAUAAGAUAUCUAAGGAUCCAAACUAUUUUAAGCAAAUAUUUGUAAAAAUAAAAACAAAGGACCACGCAUCAGCAGAUGUUUUGAUGUCAUAAUAUGCUGCCU